AUGUCCACAAUGUUCUGCUUAGGUUUCGUUGUGAGUGUAAUGGCUGUGCUCAGCUCAGGAGACAACAGUUUGCUCAAUGCGUAUGUUCCAGGGGACAUCAUCAUUGGAGGACUUUUCCCUCUUCACUUACAAACCAACAGAACCACAAUACCCGGACAUGUCUCCUGCAGCCACUAUGACUUCCAAAUGUUUUUACAAUCUCAAGUGAUGAUAUAUGCCAUCAGAGAAAUUAACGGACGCAUGCCAAAGCUUCUCCCUAACAUCACGUUGGGUUACCACAUCUAUGACACAUGCGGAGAUGUUACCUUUGCGAUCAGGGCCACUCUCCAGCUUGUGAAGGACUGGUUGGAUCCUCAAAUAUGUUUUUUUCCUCCAAAUACGCAACCCAAUACAAUGGCAGUGAUUGGUGAGAGGUUCUCCGAGGUCUCAAUCGCAGUUUCGCGGGUCAUUGCGCAAUCAUCAGUGACCCAGAUCAGCUACGCAUCAACCAGCGAGCUGCUCAGCAGGAAGCUGAAGUUUCCCACUUUUCUGCGAACAAUAUCGAGUGAUGAAUAUCAGACAAAGGCCAUUGCCCAGCUGGUGAGGGAGUUCAACUGGCAAACGGUGGCCAUCAUAGGAAGUGACGACGAAUAUGGGAAGUACGGCAGUGAUCGCCUUGCGCAUCAUUUCAGAGAGAUGAAGGACGUGUGCAUUGAAUUCAUUGACAUCCUGCCUGGCUACUUCUCCCAGAAUAACUCCCAAACCCAUAAGAGGAUGUCUGUCCUUGUGAACAACGUCAAUAAAUCCACUGCCGAGGUCAUAAUCCUUUUCACCAAGGGGUCUAAUGUUGAUGUCAUAAUAGAGGCUGCUAUUAAACACAUGCUGAACAGAACGUGGAUCGCAAGUGACUCUUGGUCCAGCUCGACAAAGCUGGCUACUUUGCCUGGCAUUGAAAUGGCUGGGCAGGUCUAUGGAUUCAACUCCCAGAGGAAUGCGGUGCCCGGUUUUAAAGAUUAUGUCACGUCCAUGUUCAACGGAACGACAAAUGCCAUCCUUGAUCAUCACCUGUCUCAUUACCCACUUUGUUCUGACUGGUCAGGGGAUGUCAACUGCUCACGUAGCAAACACGAGUCAGGGCAAUGUCUGGACCUAAGCUGCUUGGCCAAUCACAUUGACCAGGAUGAGACGCACAACAUCUACUUGGCUGUGCACGUCAUUGUUGAGGGGAUCAGACGCUUGCUGAAAUGUGACAACCAGCGGUGUGAACGCCAUGUUGACUUCACUCCCUUGGAGCUUCUCAUGGAAAUAAAGAAGGUCAACUUCACUGUGGACACGACCCAUAUCUUUUUUGAUGUGAAUGGUGACCCCAGUUUAGGAUAUGACAUUUUAUAUUGGGACCAGAGGGCCAAGACACAGCAAGAGCGCAUUAAAAUCAUCGGCGAAUACUGGCCAAACGGAAACAUCAGAGUCCCGCGUGACAUUGUGCUAAAGAUGCAGCGUGUGAAGGUGACAGCUUACAACUGCUCUAAAACCUGCCCACCUGGACAAGAGCUCAAGAAGCAAAAUGUAAAGUUGCAUUGCUGCAGCGAUUGUGUUCAUUGUGCAGAGGGAGAAUUUUCUGUAGGACAAGGUGAAGAGUGUCGACGCUGCAGUAAAAAUGAGUAUUCUUCUCCAGACAGGGAUAAAUGUUUAGAGAAAAAAAUUGAAUUCCUGGACUGGUCAAAUGUCUUUAUCAUCAUUUUGAGUACCUUGGAAGGCUUAGGAAUUAUUUUAACACUUGUGUUUGCAGUUUUGUUUGCCAUCUAUCACGGCACGCCCAUUGUGAAGGCCGUGGGUGGUUAUUUGUGUUUUUUGGAGCUCACGUCUCUGCUGAUAUGCUUUUGCCUCACAUUUAGCUUUCCAGGGAAGCCCACUGAUGCCUCCUGUAUGAUUGGCAUGCCUCUCUUUGGAAUAGCCUUUUCGCUCUGUAUCUCCUGUAUUCUGGCAAACCUGCUGCAAAUCUUAGUGGGUUUUAUGUUUGACUUGAAGACAAAGACCUGGCUGAACAAGCUCAACCAUCCAUUGGCUGUGGUGGCCGUGGUCACUGGGUUCCAGCUGGCGCUGUGUGUGCCAUGGAUGUGCCUUUACCCUCCAUUACCAGAGCCGACGAGUUUACCUAAGAGCAUUUUGCUGCAGUGUCAUAAAGGCUCCACCAAAUUUUUCAUAGCUAUGUUGGGCUACAAUGCUGUCUUGGCACUUACUUGUUUCCUGUUUGCAUUCAAAGGUAAGCAGUUGCCAGAUUUGUAUAAAAAUGCAAGUUUAAUCACCAUUAGUAUGCUGCUGUAUUUAAUUAUCUGGGUCCUCUUCAUCCCCAUUUACAUCAAUUUGUUUGGUGUGUACAAACAAGCCAUCGAGAGCGCUGCCAUUCUUGUUUCUAGCUACAGCAUCCUUUGCUGUCACUUGGCCCCCAAGUGUUACAUUAUGGUGUUCAAGAAGGAAAUUAAUGAUGAGAAAGCCAUCACUGAGUAUAUUAGGAAGCAUUACGAGGAGAAAGGUAUCACAGUGGUUCAGUAAU